GUGUAGUGCGUAAGAUCGGUUGGUGUUCAAAAUGUCCCCAAAAAGUGUAGUUUUAGUGGUAGUACUAAGCGUGUUCGGCUCAAGAUCGGUGUCUGCUCUGAAUUGCUUCCAGUGUAACGGAGCAACCUGCACCAACGAGGCCACUUUGGGAAACGUAGUGCAAUGUCCGGAUGGCGAUCUAGUGUGCUUUUCCCAAUUUAAUGGAUUUCUUCUAACGCGCCGCGGAUGUUGGUCGGAGUUGGGAGGUGAAGUCUCGGUUGCUGAUUGCAGCGGAGGGGACUGUGCCAGGUGUCAGGAGGAAUACUGCAACGGGCUUAGCCGAACCGACCACAAGUGUGUCUCUUGCACGUCGACUGCAGACGGACAGUGCAUCAGCAAUGCGCAGGAUCUCCCAGCAAUGCAGUGUGAGGCGGCUUCGGUGGAUUUGACGAAGGCGCAGUGUUAUACGAGAAUUAUUGGCAGCACAACGGAACGUGGUUGCGUCGAAUCGGAACGAACCUUGGAGGAGUGCACGAGCCCAACCUGCCAGACCUGUACCGGCAAUGGAUGCAACACCGCCGUAUUCCCAGCUGGUCGGCAAAUGUGCGUCUCGUGCAGUGGUGCCGCCGAAUGUAACGCUCAGACCAGUACCGAGUACUGCGCUCUGCCGUAUGAUAGCUGCGUUACGCUGCAGCGGAGUGAUGGAACUUAUGUGAAAAGCUGCGAAGGUGCCAUGGCGACCACGGAUCAGACGUUCUGCCAGGCUAAUCCGGACAAAUGUUCCUACUGUGGAAUGAACGCAUGUAACAAGGCCGAGCUGAAUACGGCCACAAGUCGGAAAUGUUACCAUUGCGAAGGAACCGGCUGUCUUCAGACCUCCGUGAAUAUUGAAACCUGUCACAACUCUGACGAUGUUUGCUUCAGCAUGUUUGAUGGAUUCAAUCCGGUGCUUCGAGGGUGCAAAUCUCAGCUCAGUCAAGCGAAAAAAGCUCAGUGCGAAGACGAGAAUGAUAAAAGUUGCCAGCUAUGCGCGGACGACGUCUGCAAUCUCGUCAGUCACGUGGACCACAAGUGCGAGUACUGCUCUUCAGUGUUUGACGCAAAUUGCAUCACCGCACCAAACAGUCCGGUUCAGUGUCCAGCGCCUACUACCGAAGUCAGCGCCGAUGCCCAGUGCUACACGAGAGUCAUUGGUUCCGUCACGGAGCGUGGCUGUCUUGGAUCGGCAACCGAUGCGCUGGAAUGCGACUCGACGGAAAAUUGCCAAACGUGUGCCAUCGAGAAUGGGGCAGCCUGCAACAAGGCCAUCUUCCCGACGGAUCGAAUCCAGUGUGUGGUCGGAAAUACCGCCGAUCAGUACUGUCCAAAUCCGGCCGAUAGCUGCGUCCAGAUCGCAAACAAUGGGGCAAUCAUCACUAAAAAGUGCCAGUCAUCGAUGACGGCCGCGGAAGUGUCCUUCUGCGAGGCCAACAGCAACAAGUGCGACUUCUGCUGGGCCAACAACUGCAACCAGCAGGCCAUCACGUUCAAUUAUCUCGAGUGUUUCUCCUGCGAAUCAACAGUGGACGGUCACUGCACCACGAACCCGUCGGCCAUCACCACCGUAGACCACUGCACCACGUGCGCAACGCUCUUCUCCACCUCGACCAACGCCCUGAAACGUGGCUGCCUCCAAAGUCUGACCGCCGCGGAACAGGCCCAAUGUGCCGCCGGAGAUUCCUCCUGUUCGACCUGCACGACAAACCGUUGCAACGGAGUCGUAUUCCCGGCGGAUCGUCUCUCCUGUUACAGUUGCGCCCAAGGGGAGUGUCACUCGCAUGACGGGAUCAGCGUGGAGUAUUGUGGGCAUUACAGUCAAGGUGAUAGCUGCGUAACUCGGUUGGAUUCCAGCGGGAAGGUGACCUGGAUGGGUUGUUUGAGUUCGUUGAGUAGCGCUGUUGUGACCACUUGCAACGGGAAUGCAAAUCUUUGUAGAAAGUGCUCGACGGCGAAUUGUAACGAACCGGGGAAGGUUUUGGCCAGUGGAAGUUGCGUCCAGUGCAUCAGCUCAACGGAUCCGGAUUGCGUCGAGGCUGCGUCCAACUUUGUUGUUCAACCUUGUAACGAUCCCCAGAACUCUGCCUGUUACUCGCGACUGACUUCAACCGGUGCAACCGAACGAGGCUGCUUCAGCGAUCUGGACUCAACGUCCAAGACCCGCUGUCAAGCCGGCACUGACUGCCGAAUGUGCAGCACCCGGGCCCGGUGCAACUCGCUAGAGUUCCCCAUCCAGAUCAAGUGCUUCCAGUGCGACUCCACAACCACGCCCGAAUGUAAGAACGCCCAACUUGGCACACCCUCGAACUGUCCGGCGUACAACACGGCCAACAAGUGCUUCACCGUGGUCCAGGAAAACGGAGACACGGUCCGGAAGUGUGGCACCGGAACUCGUGACGCGACCUGCGGAUCGUCAAAAUCGUGCGAGCAGUGUCUGUUCAGUGGCUGUAACAAGCGAGUUUCGACGGCAAUCGUGCCGACCAUUAUUCCAAAACCUGAAAUCGUUCCGAUCAAGAGUUCCGCCAACGGAAGGUUCGUCGUCGGGGGUAAUUUGGCGCUGCUCAUCGUCGUGGUCGUGCGAAGUAUUCUCAUGCGUUGAUGAAGAAGAGACGAUGUGACAUCAUUCAAUAAAUGUGAGAUGAAUUAUGACUAAUUUCGUGGUUCCCAC